CACUGGAGUUCGUCUUUAAAUCGCAAGGUCAAUUGGAGUAAUUACGUUUGUAAAUCGACUUCAAGCAAAGAUUAUGGACGAGCACACCAGUAGAACAUUGAGAAACUUACUAGAACAACUUGGCCCCGAAUAUAGUCGCCGAUUACAGAACACCAAUAUACCAACAAUGGAGGUCAGCACUGGGGCAAAUCCUGCUUCAGUCACUCAAACAUCCAAUAGAAGGGUUAUUCCUAAAAGUACUGCUCCUCUUGUAUUUCACAGUCCGUCGUCUAUGCCUUGUGUCAUUAUGCCAGGAAGUAUCACGUCAUCUAGCAGUCGCCUUGGGAUCCAUGGAAGUAGUUCUGCCUCAAAUAGUCGGAUAGGAAUACCAAAUAGUAGUACAGCAUCAAAUAGUCGACUCUUGAUGCAAAGUGGGAGUGGAACCUCAAACAGUCAUCUGGCAAUGCUUCAGAAUACGGUUCAGUCCAACAGUGGUGCAGUAAACUUAGGGACUGCGCAACUUUCUCUUUUAGAACAUUCAAAUGUACUUGGAGUGUCUGCCAUCCAAGAUAAUGACCGAAAUCUCUACAUUUGCGAAAAUGAUGUAGACAAUCAAUUAUCUGGUAAUUUAAAUUCAAUUUAUGAUAAUUCCAAUCAAAUUUCAAGACAGGCAUUUACGAUGAGGCGCACACGAACAAACAUUCCUUAUUCAGUAAAAUGUCAAAUAUCCAAAAUGGCCGAGGAAAGUCCACGAAUCACACAAGGCGAGAUUGCACAGAUAUUUGGGAUAGAUAGAACCACAGUUUCAAAAAUUUUGAAGAAAAGAAAAAUGUAUACGGACCCAAAUUCACCACAUUCUCCAAGCAAGAUCAGUCGGUCAGCUGAUGAUGAAAGUAGCCAGUACGAUCUAGAAGAAACUUUGUCUAACUGGUACACUGGGCUGAGAGAAAAGAAAGCUUCUGUCACAAUGGCAAUGGUAGCCGAUGCGGCCAAGAAUUUAACGGAUGUAUAUGGAGUUCCUAAAUCAAGCAUUGACACACAAUGGGUCAGCUCUUUCUGUCAACGACAUAGUAUUAUCUGUAACGGGGAGGAUUUCACCCAAAUGGAGUUGACAGCUUCAAAGAACUUAAUACCCAUGCCCUACAAACAAGGCCAAUUUCAGCAGAGAAAUAAGACUCGAACACCUGAGAGACGAAUGCCACCUUCUGCAGCAAGAGGAAGUGCUUCAGAAGUGCCUUCAGCAGGGCAAAAUGUAUCUCAACCAAAACCUACAUCUAACCCCAUACCAAACCAAUCAUGUAAUAAAAUUCCACGUGACCGCAGUCAGUUUCCAACCAGUGGCGCUCUGUCAGGUCGAAGUGAUAUGGAGUCUACAGAUAUGACACUUGCUGAUCAAAUACCGGAGAAAAUUGUAGUGAAGGAGGAACCAAAGUUUGAAGACCUUGGUCCAGAAGAGGCUCUGAAUCGUGACCUUGGUAACUUGGAAAAAUUCAGAGAGCAACAAAAAGAGAUUGAGGAGGCUAACAAACAUAAAAAAGCACUCUUAGCCAAGACCUUGUCUGAGAGGCAAAAGAAAGCCAGGAUGGAAGCAGAAAAGCUGACACACAUUCAGAAGGAAUUGAUGAUACUAGACAACCUACUGAGUGCUGAUGUAACAGUAGUGCGGAAUAGGAUUGAAUCUGCUAGUAGAGAUUACAUGGAAGCAACGAGACGUUACGACAAGGCUGAAAAGGAAUUCAUUGAAGCCAAGUUGGACUUGCAGAAGAAGUCUGAACUGAAAGAACAGUUGACAGAACACUUAUACACCAUUAUACACCAAAAUGAAAUUCGAAAAGCCAAGAAGUUAUCUGAUCUUAUGUCUGAACUUGAUAUGGAGACAAAGGGAGAGCAGUUGUGCAUAGGUAAUUUACCUCCAUUGUCUGCAUUCUCCAGUAUGGGUAUGGUGAAGAUUGCUUCUCCCACAUCUCCAAAAAGUGACGACAUUUUCCAAAGCGAGCAAGCUUCACAGGGAACCAGUUCUGCAGUAUCAGUGUCUUCAAAUUCAGAUACUAGUAUAAGUGCUAUAAACGUAUCAAAUUCAACUGAUACAGGUCAUACGAGGACUGAAGCUAAUCUAUCCAGUGUUGUUGUUGACUUAUCCAAUGAAAGUUCCAUAUUGCCAAAAGAAAGUUCUUUAUUGCCAAACAAUGCAUCAAAUGAUAAUCAUGACACAACUUCUCCAAGUGAAUCUCAAGCAAUAAGUCAGAACGGUUCUGGAGAAAGCUUGGACUGUUUAACAGAAACAGAAGAUUUUAAGGUAAAUGACAACACAGAACAACCAUCAAACUCAUCAACUUGUGCAGAUGAUUCAUCAAGCUAUAAUAGUGCAAUGUCCUCUAAUCCAGGCGGAGAGGACUCCUCCCAGUCUCCAAAGCAUACAGAAAUUCAGGAUACAGAAAAAGCAUUGCCAAGCUCUUGGACAUUGGACUCAGUCAGCAUAAAAGAGGAACCUGUGACAUAGAGCACGUUAGAUGAUUUAUUUGAUAUAUGUAUACACUCUGUUAUGAUUUUGUAAUUCACUGCCAUUAUGACUCUGUUCAAGGUAGAUAUGUUUUACAUUAAUUGAUAAAAUUUCUGUCAAUGAUUUUAUUUCAAUCAAUGUACGAGGGAGGUACUUUAGUUUGGUAACUUAUUUGCUGGUGAACUACUGGAUGCAACAACAAAAUAUCCAAGAGUUCUGCUCUCAAUUACCUGUAUCUCAAAUACUUGCAAUUCCCUGGAUAAAUUUUAAGGUAUGCAAAGCAUCCUAGAUGUAAAUUUGGCAGGAUUUUGGUUUGACUGAAGACUUCAUAGUGUCUUUAAAAGGAUAUAUAUCAAAUAAGCGAUUUAUCAUGUUUCAAUGUCAAAAACGAUCUAAAUAGCUUUAUAUACCACAAGCUUUUUUUUUUCAUGUGUGCAUAGGAAAUUUACAAAAAGAGCAGAAUCUCUUGGUUUUGGAGCUGUUUGGAGGUACAUAUUUGCGCUACAUGUAGGAUUUGAUAUCAACAUAUAUAUAAUGUUAGUAUUUGAUAUCGGCAUAUAUCAUAUUUAACGCUGGGAUGGAGAUGUCAUUGAUGCAGUUGGCACUUUCUGUAUCAGAUGAUUCUUUUAUUUUUUAUUUUUGAUUGUUGUUAACCUUUCCUACAUACCUUUUCAAGGCAUAAAGUAGGUAUGGUUCAGAAGCAUAAACUUCAAUUCAUUAUUUCAUAUUCCGCUUCCAUUGGAUAUCAUCAUUUCAUAAAUUUCAUCGUCUACAAAUCAAUCAUAGUACUUACUCUAUUCAUAAGAAUAGGAGGUUUUACAUUAUCAUUUUAACAGGUUAGACAAUUUACUUUCUGAUUUUUGCAGCUGCAGCGAAACAGGGCAAACACAACAUGUCAGAUGUCAGGUUACAUAGCUCAACAUUUUAUGACACACUUAAUGAGAUAUGUAGGAUCUUAUAGGAAUUUUCAUUGGAUAUAUGUUUAUUUAAGAAAUCAGUAAUUAUUUCAUAAAAUCUUUGGCAAGCUUAAAUAAAACAUACAUGUGUGCUGAAUAGCAAGGAAAGCAUGCGAUAAAGGUUAAUUGCAAAAGAAAAUGUAAAACAAAUUUAUGGUAUUGGUAUAUAUACAGAUAAAUCAUCUGAGUAUGUCGACUAACAUUAUUGAGACCUAUCCAGACAAUUACAUCUUUCAGUCUAAAUGGGACAUCAGAUUAAUUAGCAAAUAUUUAAUUUUCUAUUUGUCAUUAUUACAUCUUCCCUACUAUUUUGUAUGAAAACAUUAACAUGUUGAUGUUGCAUUGAAGUGAUGCAUUUUUUGUUUGCAUGAUUUUAACAAUUGAGACAUAAACAAAUGAAUUUCAUCAAGAUAUCCCUCAGGUCCUACAAGACUAAUAAUAACUGCCAAAUGCUAUGUUACUACUUGUAUGUCACUCAAUAAUUCUUGUUCAAUUAAAAUUGUAAAAAUAAAUAUUUUUUAUAUAAGUUUUACAUGAAUCAUGACUUUUAAAAAAAGAACAUUUAUCCAACCAUAUAUUCAGUUUUGUUAAUAAACCAACAAGACUGGUGUGUAUAGACUCUGAAUCAUAGAAAUGAUUAAAAGUGUUUAGUAGAAAAUCACCUGUAAUGGCUGUACAUAUACAUAUAUUGAAGUGUAAGUUAUCAUGAUACUGCUGAAAAUGGAUUUUAUCUGUUAAUUAUCUACAGAUAGAAGAUAUCAGAUCUGUACUUUAUUUGAUGUGAUACAUUAAGGAUCACUGUAAGUUCAGAUAAAGCCUUUUAAAAACUGCUAUAGAAACCCUUGUCAAUAAUGAUGCUGCUCCUGGAAUUUCCAUAAUACAGUUAAGUCUUCAGAAGUGUGUUGUCUGAAUGAUUAUAGACCAAAGAAAUCCCUUUAAGAACAAAUAGUAUUGAGGUUAAGUGGUACUUAUUUCACAAAUGUUUUUAACAGUAUUUCAACUCAAUGAGGUAUAUAUCCUGGUAAUUCAACCAGCUAAUUGUUUUGAUAGUGUUGACUGAUGUACACUUUUAGUGUUCAGUAUAUCAGCCUGAAAACUUAGGCAUUUAUAACUGGUUGUACCUUAUUAGAUAAGAUAUUCUGUAGGUGUAUGCAUUGUGUAUCUUUAGUAUGUUAUAGCAAGCUCUCAACCGUUGUGCCAUUGCUAUUUUAUAUUAAGGGGUAUUAGCUUAACAUUUGCUGCAUGUUGUUUGUGAUGAUCAUAUAACCGUAUGGUUAGACAAUAUACUUGCUGUAAAAAUCAAAUAUCAUGUUGAUAUUAGAUACAUAAUAUUACCUUGAUAUGCAAUUAAAUAUUUUUUUCUUAAUUGAAA